UGCCACCGCCAUGGCCCAGACCGGCGGUCACGCUUCUCCCACCAACGGCACCAGCGUCACCGGCACUGGCAAGCCCACCUCUGCUCCCACCAACGGCGCCAACUCCCUGAGCCAGAACGUCCUCCUCGGCGUCGGCGCUGCUGCCGUCCUCGCUGCCGCCCUCUAAGCGACUUAUCAACCAGAC